CUGGCAGUGGUGCCAGCAUGGCUGAGCAGGACCCAGCCACAGGCUGCCCACGUGGGAAGCAGCAGCUGCCAGCUUUCACCUGGGAGGUGAGGGCCAACGACCGCAGCUACCACCAGCAGGUCAAGAAGAAAUUUGCUUUCUGCCUGAGCAAGAGGAAAUACUCGGGCAAUGCCAUCAGGACAGCCAAGUACAGCCUGCUCACCUUCCUGCCCCUGAACCUCUACGAGCAGUUCCACCGCAUGGCCAACGUCUACUUCGUCUUCGUCAUCCUCCUCCAGACUUUCCCUGAGAUCUCCACGCUGCCCUGGUACACUCUGCUGUUCCCCCUGAGCUGCCUUCUCAUCAUCCGGGGCCUGAGAGACCUCAUCGAUGACAUUGGCCGUCACCGCCGUGACAGGAACAUCAACAGCAGGCCCUGUGAAAUCCUGGCUGGGAGGAGGUUCUGCUGGCAGGAGUGGCGCGACAUCUGCGUCGGGGACAUCGUGCGGCUGCGCAAGGACAGCGUCGUCCCGGCUGACCUGCUCCUGCUGUGCAGCUCCGAGCCCAGCAGCCUGUGCUACGUGGAGACCGCUGACAUUGAUGGGGAAACCAACCUGAAGUUCAGACAGGCCCUUCUGGUCACCCACCAGGAGCUGGGGAGCGAGGAGAGCAUGGCUGCCUUUGAUGGGCGAGUGACGUGCGAGGAGCCCAACAGCCGCAUGCACACCUUCACGGGCACCCUGCGCUGGCGGGGCCACACCCACGCCCUGGAUGGCGACCGGAUCCUGCUGCGGGGUUGCCGCGUCCGCAACACCGCCCUCUGCUACGGCUUGGUGCUCUACGCAGGGUUUGAUUCCAAAAUCAUGAGGAACUCUGGGAAGAUCAAGAGGAAGAAAACCAAGCUGGACCACCUGAUGGACCGGCUGGUGAUCGUGAUUUUCCUGUUGCUGUUGCUGACAUCCCUGGGCCUUGCCAUCGCCUCUGGGUUCUGGGCCAGGACGUUCCAGGAGAAGCACAGCUACCUGGCUGCCCUCUACCAGCACACGAGCCCUGCCCAGCAGGCCUUCCUCAACUUCUGGGGCUUCACCAUCCUCCUGAGCAUCAUCAUUCCCAUGUCCAUGUACAUAACGUUUGAAUUCAUCUACCUGGUGAACAGCUGUUUCAUUAACUGGGAUCUGGAGAUGUAUUAUGGUGCCAAGGACAUCCCAGCCGAGGCCAGGAGCACCAGCCUCAGUGACCAGCUGGGCCAGAUCCAGUACAUCUUCUCAGACAAGACGGGCACCCUGACCCAGAACAUCAUGAGCUUCAAGAAAUGCUGCAUCAACGGGACCAUCUAUGGUCCAGGCACAGGCCAUGAGAACAAACAUGCACCAGGCUCGGGGCUGAGCCGGGAGCUCCCCGGGGAGCACAAGUCGGAUGUUGGCGAUGUGACGCUGCUGGAAGCCGCCCGGAGGGACAAUGACCCGGUGCUGAGGGAGUUCCUGAGGCUGCUGGCCCUCUGCCACACCGUCAUGGUGGAGGACAGGGGCGACCAGCUGGUUUACCAGGCAGCCUCCCCGGAUGAGGAAGCGCUGGUGUUGGCAGCCAGGAACUUGGGCUACGUCUUCCUGGCCCGGACUCAGGACAGCAUCACCAUCAGGGAGCUGGGCAGGACCAGGACGUACGAGGUGCUGGCCAUGCUGGACUUCAACAGCGACCGCAAGAGGAUGUCUGUCCUGGUGCGAGACCCCCAGGGCACCAUCCGGCUCUACACCAAGGGUGCUGACACCGUCAUCCUGGAGAGGCUGCGGAGGCGAGGGCCCCAGGAGACCCUCACUGAGAGGGCUCUGGAUCGCUUUGCAGAGGAGACGCUGAGGACGCUGUGCGUGGCCAGCAGGGAGGUGAGCGAGGCCGAGUUCCGCGCCUGGAGCCAGAGGCACCGCGAGGCCGCGGUGCUGCUGCAGGACCGUGCCCAGGAGCUGGACAGGCUCUACGAGGAGAUGGAGCAGAACCUGCAGCUGCUCGGGGCCACAGCCAUCGAGGACAAGCUGCAAGAUGGAGUCCCUGAGACCAUCCAGCUGCUGAAACUGGGCAACAUCAAAGUGUGGGUGCUGACAGGAGACAAACAAGAGACCGCGAUGAACAUCGGCUACGCCUGCAGGCUGCUGACGGACGACAUGGAGAUCCUGGAGGAGAAGGAGGUCAGCGAGAUCCUCCAGGCCUACUGGGAAAGCAACAACAACCUCAGUGGCAGUGGGGAUACCCUGUGCAGCCGCCGCCCCUCCCAGCAGCGCCCAGAGACUCCAUGCCACAAGAGAGCCAUCAUCAUCAGUGGGGACUUCCUGGACAAAAUACUCCACACGGGCGAGGUGCUGAAGGAGAAGAAGGGGUGGCCGUGGCGGUGGCUCUGCUGUGACGGGGCCGAGGCCUCGCAGGACCAGGGAGGUCUGGUGGAGAAGGCCUUUGUGGACCUGGCCACCAGCUGCCAGGCUGUGAUCUGCUGCAGGGUGACCCCCAAGCAGAAAGCCCUGAUGGUGCAGCUGGUGAAGAAGCACAAGAAGGCCGUCACCUUGGCCAUCGGGGACGGGGCCAACGAUGUCAACAUGAUCAAAACCGCGGACAUCGGGGUGGGCAUCAGCGGGCUGGAGGGGCUGCAGGCCGUGCAGUGCAGUGACUACGCCCUGGCCCAGUUCUCCUUCCUGCAGCACCUGCUCCUCGUCCACGGCCGCUGGAAUUACCUGCGCAUCUGCAAGUUCCUCCGCUUCUUCUUCUACAAGACCUUCGCUGGCCUCCUGGCCCAGGUGUGGUUCGCUUUCCACAGCGGAUUCACGGCCCAGCCUCUGUAUGAGGGCUGGUACCUUGCACUCUACAAUAUUUUCUACACUGCCUACCCCAUGCUGUCCGUGGGCCUUUUGGAGCAGGAUGUGAGUGCUAAGAAGAGCCUGGAGUUCCCUGAGCUCUACAUGGUUGGGCAGCAGGAUGAGCUCUUCAAUUAUCGCGUUUUUGGUGUCACCCUCCUGCACGGGGUGGGCACCUCCCUCAUCAGCUUCUACAUCACGCUCUGGGCCUUUGAGGACCACGUUGGCACCAAGGCCGUGGGUGACUAUGAGUCCUUCUCUGUCACAGUGGCCCUGUCGGCGUUGCUGUCGGUCCUCGUGGAGAUUGUUCUGGACACUCAGUACUGGACAGUGUUGUCCUUCCUGAUGGUCACAGCCAGCCUGCUCCUCUUCUGCCUCUUCUCCUUCCUGACCCAAAGUGUUGAUGCCUACAGGAUAGCCCCUGCCAUCUUCCGCUUCCCAGAUGCCAGCUGGAAUGCCCUGACUGACCCCUAUGUCCUGCUCGUGGUCCUGCUGGCCCUGGUGGUCAACACCCUCCCCUCGCUCACCGUCCACGCCGUCCGUGCCAUCCUGGGCACAGCCACCACGCAGCAGAAGAUCCACCUGGAGGCCAGGCGGGACCCGGAGCCGCCGGUGGAGCUGCGCUCCCACGUCCCCCGCGGCUCCUUCCGCCGCCGCUCCAGCUACGCCUUCUCCCACCAGGAGGGCUACGCCGGCCUCAUCACCCGCGGGGACAGUCUGCGUGCCAGGGCCACCCACGGCAGCGCCCCGUGUGCCCUGCGCCCCCAGGGGACCCCGGCCGUGCCCUCGGGGCGCUGCCCCUCGGUGUAGCUGCUCCCACCGCGCUGGGACAGCAGCAGGGGCACACCUGGCUGCUCCCCUCCUGCCAGGGCCACCUUUAAUCUUAUCUGGUGCUUUGCAGAGGGGCUGGCCCAGCCUGGGGGGCUCCUGCUGCGGGCACCGUGACCCCCAGGCUGGGCACACGUGGCUUUGCAGAGCUGUGGCAGCCGCUGCCCGCUGCCACCAGGCUGGCCCCUCGCCCUGUGACCCUCUGCCUGGCAGCCCAUCCCCCUUCGCUCUGCCGAGCCCUCGGAGCCUCUGGUGUGAGGCUCGUCCCGCCCAAGGCUGUGCCCACAAAAGCAGUGCUGCCGACCCAGAGUCAUUAACGCAGCUCUGGAUUAAUGAACUGCCCCGAUGCAGAGCAGCAGCGGGGCUGGGCGGGGGUGCAGCCCCUCGCCCCUGCUCGUUCCCACCCACAGGGGACUGAGCUGCAGUGGCUGCAGGAAGAACCUUGUUUUGUGCUCUCCACCAAGGGCUGGGGUCAAUCCUGUGCCUUUUCUGUCAGGUCACAGAAUCCUGGAGUGGCUGGGGUGGUGUUGGAUUAUGGUUUUUUUUGAUUUAGAGAUGGGGUAACUGAGAGACAUUUUAAAAAUUUUUAUUCUAUUUUUAGUCUUAUGAGAAGAGUGAGACAAUACAGAUGUUAUAAUUUA